AUGAGCAUUCCUACACAACCCAUCACUUUGAAACAAGGCGCCAAAAUCCGGAAACUCUCAUUUUCAACGGGGGUCCAACCUAUUAUCACAGGCCUUACUAAAAUCGACACGAAGAAUAUCCCAAUCCUUCACAUCAAACCGAAGUCGACUGUAACCGAACCUUAUACUAUCCUAUACAAUCACGAUGCAAACGAAUGUCUUUCCGAUAUCAAAAGUUGGUUAUCUUGUCUUGCAGAGAUAUUUAAAGCAAAUGUAGUUGCGUGGGAGUACCCAGGGUACACCGUGGGGUCUUCAUAUUCCGACACCAAAACUGCAUCAAAUAUUGAAACGGUGUGGAGGUUUGUUACAAAGACGUUAAAACAAUCGCCAAGUCGUGUGAUAUUAUAUGGAAAAGGUGCUGGUGUUGGUCCUACUUUAUGUCUAGCCUAUAAGAUCCAAAAGCAUUCAAAAGGUUUAGACAAGUUGGCUGGAAUUGUUUUAAUCAAUCCCCAAGUCGAGAAGGGCUCUUUGUGUUUCUCGUGUGUGACAAUUCCACAAGUCAAAAAGAUUACUGCGCCCGUCAUGUUUAUUUCGUCGACGUGUGCGGAGAACAAAGACGAUUUGGUCAACCUUUCUGCGUGUUUUCAGUUCAAAAGGGGGAUCCACUUUUUAAAGUCUGAAACGACGGAUUUGGAGGAUGAGAAGUUGGACGACCUCUGUUACCGCUUGAACAAAUUUAUUGUGACGUUAUUCCCCGAAUAUAAGGACGUAUUUUCCGGUGCAGAAUUGGAGAAGAGAAAGCCGGCGGAGAUAUACACCGACCCGAUCGAGGCAAUCAGAGCAUUUAUGAAGAAAGAGGGGAUCGAAGAAGUCACUGAUAAGUUAGUCCAAUUUGGGUAUUUGAAUAUCAAUGACAUUGUGUAUAUCGAACAAUUUGAUAUCGAGUCAUUUGGCUUCUCUAAAGAUAUCAGCGACAAGUUGUGGGACGUCGUCCAGCGCAAAAAGAAGGAGAAGGCGUCACAAGGCACAACACCCAUCACAGAGAAGAGGAAAUCGUUACAAACAGCAGAGGUGCAGCCUGAUAUAAAGUCUUUAAAUUCGGAAGAUACAAUAGUUGAUAUGUUUGAGAUCUCUGUCGAGUCGUGCGACGCAUCAGUAGACCUCUCCAAAAGCGACGAAUGUCUCACACAAAAAGUCAAAGUGAAAAAUCGCGUCCAGACACGGAAAGAAAAGUACCGCCUAUCUCUUCCGAACGACGAGGAAUUAACCAAGUCGUUACUUCAACUUAAAAAAGAAGAAAAUGAAGAUGAAGAAAGUAAAAUGAAAAUUUCAGAGAGUCUUCGAGACUCGUGUACGUUAGAAACAUCGGAAGAAAAACGGAGAAGUGCAGGAAUGGACCAUCCAAUCAAGUCAAAUCUGAUUGAAAUUAAAUCAUCAAAACAACACCGUAAAACGGUGUUGUUUGGAAAGGAUUUCAAUUUCAUGGAAGAAGCUAAAAAGCUCGAACAAGCGGAGGAAGAAAAACAAGAAGAACAAAAACAACUCUAUAAGAAGCAAACUUCCAUAUCAAGAAACACUUUUUCAAGUCUGGGAAUGGUUAGACCAAACUUGAGUAGAAGACAGAGGAUAGCUGAUAACGAGACUAAACUGCUCACAAUGAAAAUGGAGACGGAGGAGUACUCCGGAGAAAAGUGA